UUUUUUAAAUUUUACUAUCUCUAUUCGAUAAUGUUAAUACAGUAAAGAAAAUAAAAAAUUAUACUAAUAGAAAAUGUUACAAGAAAGUAAUUCAGCAGCCACCACAGGUGCGAAAAACGUUUUCAUUACUUCGUUAAUCUCAGGUGCUCUCGCAGGAACCAUGUGCGAUUUUAUAUCAUUUCCUUUGGAUACGCUUAAAACGCGAUUACAAAGUCAACAUGGUUUCUUAAAAUCUGGUGGUUUUAGACAAUUGUAUAAGGGUUUAGGCCCCGUAAUGAUAGGAUCCGCACCAUCAGCUUCGUUAUUUUUUAUAACUUAUGAAACUUUAAAAAUAAUGUUUCAACCUCAAAUACCUGAACAAUAUCACGUGUUUAUACAUAUGACUGCCGCGUCAGUCGGAGAAAUGGUUGCAUGUCUUAUUCGAGUCCCAGUAGAAGUAGUGAAACAAAGGAGACAAGCAUUUUUAAGCGAUGCCCACAAAUUACCUUUGAGAGCUUUAUAUCGUGGUUACGGAAGUACUGUAAUUAGAGAUUUACCAUUCGGUUUAAUUCAGAUGCCACUCUGGGAAUAUUUUAAACUUUAUUGGAAAAAACACGUGAAACGUGAGUGCACGCCUAUGGAGGGUGCUAUCUGCGGAUCGGCGUCAGUUGCUAUAUCUGCGGCCCUAACGACACCUUUAGACGUUGCAAAAACUAGAAUAAUGUUGUCGAAUGUGACGGUAGGGAAAGAUGAAAUAAAAAUAUCCGCGAUGUUAAGCAAGGUUUACCACGAUCAUGGUUUUAAAGGACUUUUUGCAGGCUUUGUACCAAGAGUGUGUGGUUUUACUAUUAGCGGAUUCGUAUUUUUUGGUGUUUACGAAAAAGUUAAAGAAAUUUGUAUUGCGGUUUUGCCACCAUAAUGUUGUGAAAGAUACAUUUAUAAAUAUAAAUCAUGGUUAAUAUUUUGUCAAAUGAUACUAUCAUAGAGUCAAAAUAGAAAAGGAAUUGAGAUAGAAUUCGUUAAUUUCAUUUCAAAGAGAGUGAGUAUUUAUGUUACAUUGAAUUUUACUCAUGACAUAGAAAAGUACAAAAUGAAAAUAUAAUUGCAUUUAUAUUUUAAUUAUUAAUAGGAAGAUAUACUGUAGUCUUUUAUCACAAAUUUUGCAUUUAAAUUGUAAUAAUUGAAAAUGAGAAAGCACAUUUUUAUUCCACAAUAUAUCUAAAUGAAUGUGAGCAUGCACGUAUCAGGAAAGAAAUAAAGAACACAAAGAAAUGUAAAAUAUAAAGUAUAUUUAAAAAUAAUCAACAAACAUGAAAAUUUUCCUUACAUUUACAUAUAAUAAUGUGUUGAGUUAUGACAUACUGCACAUUAAUUUAUAUUCGUGAUAUUCACUUGUACAAAAUAAUAUAAAAUAUGAUAAAUAAGGAAAUUAUGGUAAUUUUUAAUACUGACUUUGUUAUAUUCAUUAACAACAAUAUGUUACUUUGGGUUCGUUACUUAUAUCAAUUACCUCUUCAAUUUUUUGUACAUUAUUGGGAUCAGACAUAAAAUCUUGUGCAAUUUCAUUAAACAAUUCAGCUACAAAAUUAACUUAAUAAAUAUCACACAUUAUAACAAUAA